GCGGCGGCUCCGAGCGCCGGCGGCCAUGGGACCGGACGGCGAGGCCGGGCCGCGCUCCGGCUCCACCGUCAUCUCGAUCGUGCUGCCCGACCGGACCGGCGGCCCGGCCGGGCCCGAGAAGGCCGCGCUCGGCCCCCUCUCCGGGGACGGGGUGAAGAUGUUCCGGGAGAGGGCCGACCACCGGUGGACGGGCACCGAGCGGCGGCCCAGGUCGGCCGGCAUCACCGUCGACCAGCUCAGCAUCACCGGCAUGGCGCUCGUCUUCAACCCGGCGGCGUUCUGGCUGCGGCGCGCCAUCUGGCUGGCCAUCAUCGUCUGCCUGCUGGUGUGGCUGUGCGUCCAGCUGCGCCUGUGCGUGCUGCGCCUCACCGAGGGCGGCACCGUGCGCACCUGGUCCCGCCGCACCGUCACGGACAUCCCGCUGCCGGCCGUCACCGUCUGCCACGGCAACCGGUUCAAGAAGAGCGUCGUGUUGCGCCACCAGCCGGCCGGGGCGGCCAGCUGGCCCAGCUGGCACCGGCUCGGCUACCAGACACUCAACUGGAGCUCGUUCGACGGACUCGACCAGUUCUACGCGGAGGCCUCGUACGGCUGGGACGACAUGGUGCUCUUCUGUAUAGUGGAUGGAAGAAACUGCAAGGACAUCGGAACCUUCCGCCGAGUGCCCACGCUGCUGAACGGCCUGUGCACCACCUUCAACACCAAUGCCACGGUCACCAGGCGCCUCACCACCUCUCAGGUCACGCUGGUGCUGGAGGAGAAGGAGCCACUCGGCGAGUUCGAGCACAGCGGCUGGCAGGUGUUCCUGCACCCGCAGGACGUCCGCUAUAACGACGUCAGCUUCCUGUCCGGCCUGGUGGCCACCGUGAAAAUCUACGGCAACCGCAUGCAUCAGGUGAACGUCCAGCGUGCCAUCACGGACGAGCUGCCGCACGGCUCCGGCGACGGCUGCAACAGCUCGGCGGACGCGCUGGCCGGAUACCAGCGCUGCAUAGCCGGCUGUCUGAUGGGGGCCAUGCAGCAGCGGGCAGCGCCCUCCGGCGAGCGCGACCAGCCGCCGUGCGCUGUGCCCUGGGUGGCGCGGCACGUGUACCGCUCCGAGCCGCCCUCCUGCCGCACUAUGGCCGACCUGGAGCGCUCCUCAAUGGGCACACACAACGGUGUAAGCGAGCAGGCGUUUGUGGCGUGGUCCUCCCGCUGCCGCUGUCCGCUCCCGUGCCGCAUGGCCCGCUACCGGAUCCAGAGCCAGGAGAAGUGGCACAUUGAGGAGACCAGCAUCUACCUGGCGUACCCGGAAGCGCGCGGAGGCACCCACGGCUCGCUCAUGCUCUGGCUCUCCGAGGAUGAGGAGGUCAUCGUCGAGCGCGAGGCGUACUCGGCGAACUCGUUCAUCUCCGAUGUCGGCGGCAACCUGGGCCUCAUGCUCGGCGGCUCGCUGCUCACCUUCGUCGAGAUAGUCGACUGCGUCAUCGCCUCCUGUCUGUCGCGUCGAGAGAAGAGAGCCAGAGUCAAGUCCUAAAUGAGCUCGGCAGGAGGGAGUCAAGAGUACUAUCCCGAACACCUUCGGCAGCAGAGAGUCAGAGUCCUGCCCUGAAAUGUUCUGAACACCGUCCGCAAAAGACAGUCAGAGUCAUGUCCUGAACACCGUCCGCAAAAGAGAGCCAGUCAUGUCCUGAGCUUCGUCGGCAGAAGCGAAUGCAAAUGUGGAAGUAGGGAAUGCCGUCUCGUUUGCCUAAUAGGUCGAGCGUGUGUUUGAGUCUGUGAUAUUGAAAAAGCGGCGAUUUCGGGGGUAUAUUUUUGAGUUGUGGUGUAGUUAUCAGUUCACUGCACAAAGCUCGUCUGAUGGAUGCCUUG